CCGACUUCGGGGCAGAGGCAGCGAGAUCCGCCUGGGAAGUUUUUAAACACGCAGUCUCUGUCCUCGUCCCGCAGCGAGCCGGUCGCGCUCCACGUCCCCUGAGGCUGUGCAGGAGGCUGAGCCGGGUGGCGGUCAGAGGUCCAGCAGAGUCGCGGGGACGCCGAGACGCGGACGCGAAGCGGACGGCUGGCUCGGGGCGCGCGAACGCGGAAAUGGACGCAGAUUGACUCUUCUCGCUUGCCGUAACCGCCCGCGGACACCCGGCUGGGAACCCGGACGGCGCCCCGCGGUGGACAAACAGUCUCUUGCGCGGAGAGUCCGCGGCACCACUUCCAGGGUCAUACACAGAAGAGAGACUCCAGUCAACAGAAUCAACGAUAAGGUGGAAAAGAGUAAUGUUGUCCUUAAACAACCUACAAAAUAUCAUCUUUAACCCGGUAAUUCCCUACGUUGGCACCAUUCCUGAGCCGUUGGAUCCUGGAACUUUGAUUGUGAUACGUGGGCAUGUUCCUAGUGAUGCAGACAGAUUUCAGGUGGACUUGCAGUGCGGCAGCAGCGUGAAACCUCGGGCCGACGUGGCCUUUCACUUCAAUCCUCGUUUCAAAAGGGCCAACUGCAUUGUUUGCAAUACUCUGACCCGUGAAAAAUGGGGAUGGGAGGAGAUCACCUAUGACAUGCCUUUCAGAAAAGAGAAAUCUUUUGAAAUCGUGAUUAUGGUGCUGAAGGACAAAUUCCAGGUGGCUGUCAAUGGAGGACAUGUUCUGCUGUACAACCAUAGGAUUCGUCCCGAGAAGAUCGACACCCUGGGCAUUUACGGCAAGGUCAAUGUCCACUCGGUCGGGUUCAGCUUCCGCUCGGAUUUCCAAAGUACCCAAUCCUCUUCUCAGGAACUGACACAGAUAAACAGAGAAAAUGGACAGAAGUCUGGCGUGACAUCGUUUAGUAGGAAUAGAGAAGACAUUUCUAAAAUCGAACCCAGAACUGUCUACACCAAGAGCAAAGAUCCGCCUGUCAAUGACUCUUUGACUCGCACCAAAAUACUACCUACCAACUGUUUGUCAAAGACCCUGCCAUUUGCAGCGAGGUUGAACUCCCCCAUGGGCCCUGGACGAACUGUUGUCAUUAAAGGAGAAGUGAAUACAAAUGCCAAAGGCUUCAAUGUUGACCUGUUAGUAGGAAGAUCAAAGGAUAUUGCUCUGCACUUGAACCCACGCCUGAACAUUAAAGCAUUUGUAAGAAAUUCUUUUCUUCAGGAGUCUUGGGGAGAAGAAGAGAGAAAUAUUACCUGUUUCCCAUUUAGUCCUGGGAUGUACUUUGAGAUGAUCAUUUAUUGUGACCUUAGAGAAUUCAAGGUCGCGGUCAACGGAGCGCACUUCCUGGAGUACAGACACAGACUGAAGGAGCUGAGCAGCAUUGACAUGCUGGAAAUCGAUGGGGACAUCCACCUGCUGGAAGUAAGGAGCUGGUAGCCGGCGCAACUGCUCCAAGAACCAAAAUACAGAUGGCUUCUGAGAUGCUGGCCCUGUCAAAACACAUCUGGCGAUUACUAUAUUAUUUAUAUUGUUAAAAGGAGCUUGCGUAACACAAAGUCCUCUGGCUGUUCAGUCCUUGCUGCGCAGAGUGGCUCAUUUGCACUGAAUGAGGGAAUUUGGAGCAGUAGCAGCUUAUGGCCAGUAGGGCCUCUCUGUGUCUGUCCUUCCUACCGUGACCUCUUUUGCACACCACAGUCAACAAGUAUAUAUAGGGUGCCUGCUGUAAUAGAGCAGCUCACGUGUGUGGAGCACACACAAGGGCACCUCAAGAAGUUUGUGGAGAAAGAAAUAAUAUGAGGCAGUCAGCAAGGUCAGUGAGUUAGAGCAUGGUGCUGAUAACACCGAGGUCCAGGGUUCGAUCUCUGUGGCCCGUCACCACAAAAAACAUGAAUCUUUCCAUGAAUUUUUUGAAGACCCCUUGUAUUACUUUUUGUGGGCAAGGUGCUAGGGAUCCAUGCAUGCACAGUGUUGUACAAACCAGCCUGUUCCCUGUUCACUUGAGAGUAGACUCUUCUGUGCUCUACGAACGCACUGUUGCUGCUGCAGGCACUGCAUCUGCAUAAACGCAGCAGGGGUCCUCCAGGGUUAAGCGAAUCAUGUAGUUAAGCCCCCUAAAGGCAUUAAUUUACAGAAGACACCACUCCUUCCCCAGUGAUUGCUUUCAUAACCAGCAUUCUGUCAUAUCCUAUAAUUGAGAACCAAUGUUGACUUACAUCUGGCAAUUAAUUUUCUUCAGCAUCAUAAACAUCUAGCUCUACUAGCUGUAAACUUUACCAAAUAAUCAACACGACAUCUGAACACAGCACAAAAAUUAAGGCCAAGAAACAAAGCAAAACAAAAACCAAAUGGCGUUGAAAUUAACUUGAUGUCAAGCUCAACGCAGCCCAUCUCUUUGUAUUUGAGUUCAGAGUGAGUCAAAGGUCUGUACGUACUCCUACGGGAAGUUUAAGGUAGAGGAAAGAUGCGUUCAAUUUCUAAAAUAUAUGUGGGUGACAAAGUGAUGUCAAGGUUAGACUUAGUGAACUGACAAAACAGACACCAUCAGAGAGUAGAACACACCACAGCCAAACCAGUGCAGCAGGUCCAGGGGCAGCGCAGAACCUGUCGCCUGUGUGCAAAGCAGCAUUCCUCUGCUCUUCUGUGCUCAGACCGUCACCACUGGCAAUCGAGAUCAAAACGCUCUUCUGCUUUCAGUGGCUGAAGUCAGACCUGUAUCAGCAAGUUAAACUGUUGCAUUUCUGUAGUUUUUCUGUUGUUUGAAGGGACUUGGCAGAAGUUCUAUGUAGAAUCUUUACAGGUUAGAUCUUGUUAACAGGAAAUUUCAAAGAUUUGGGAGCGGGGAGGGAAAAGAGCUAAAUCAGAUCAUUUUAUCAUACCAAAUUGCUGGGCAGAACUCUGCCAGGACUUAGGAAUAUUUUCAUAACAGAUUUUGAUUAGAUGUUAUUAGUUUCCAUAUUGAAAAGAAUACUAUGAUCAAUCUUAUUUUUAAAAAAUCACUCAGUGUAGAAACUGCUAGCCAUUAAUUCUUUUCCAGUUUUUCCUGUUAAUUUCUCAGUCUUGCCAAGCUCAAAAAGACACUGGGGGGUGGGGGUGGGUGUCAGGGAAAGUCAUAAGAGGCGAGAAGGCUCUAGAUUCCCCCAGGGGUGUUUUUUCUUCACAAAGAACAUCGUGGUACACGACUGAGAUGCUGGGGACUGUAAGGCACUACACUAGGGGGAAAAAAGCCCAUUCACAUUGUUUCCUUAAGUUUUGAAAAGUUCAUUUUCACUUUUGUUUUACACCGAGUUAUUAAGACUGAUUCUUUGAUAGAAUAAAAACAAAAUCUUGAGUUUUUUUUUUUUUUCUUUAAAGCAGCUAUUAGUUGGACCAGCCCCGUGGCUCACUUGGGAGAGUGCGGCGCUGGUAGCGCCAAGGCCGCGGGUUCGGAUCCUAUAUCGGGAUGGAUCCUAUAUUGGGAUGGCCGGUGCGCUCACUGGCUGAGUGUGGUGCGGACGACAGCAAGCCAAGGGUUGCAAUCCCCUUACUGGUCAAAAAAAAAAAAGCAGCUAUUAAUAUUUAUUAAUGAAUUUUAUCGAGACAUGUCUUAAAGAGAAAUAUGCAUUUCUAGCACACUGUGUCCUUAAACUGCAAGUUGGCAUUUGCUUGUCACAAUCUGCAUUGAAUUCCUACACUGAAUUAGAUCAAAGGCUUUCAGACUCAAUGUGAACAUUUUAUGGGAUCAUUCUUAGAUGCCUUAAAAAAAAAGGGCAGAUUUGUUUAAUUCUAUUUGAGCCUCACUUUCCAGCUUCACCAUGGCAUGGCACUAGAGUUAGGUAACUUCAAAUCAUUGAAAAAAAAAAAAACAAACAAAACUCCCAAUACUUACUUUCUUUCUCACACAUGUCAUUUGUGGUUAACCGCCGUGGAAAUGGGAUCCUUUUGAAUCCUGGAGGGCUUCCCUCAUGCCACUUGCAUUCCUGGGCUCUUCCUAUUACUAUGAGCAGCAUAUUGCUUCUACCCCCCACCCCAAGAUUAAAGGAUAAAAGAGACAAUCAUAGUCCUGAGUAAAAAAUGCAUUCCAGAAUUGCUUCCCUGUAUAGGCACACAUAAAACAUUUAAGGCUGAAGUGUCGUCUACCCAAAAUGAAAAGUAAAAACCCAAAUGCCUUUCAGUCAAAAGUAUUUUUUAAAUUUUUUAUUUGCCAGCUGGCUGGUUCAGGGUGGCACUCUGGAUCUUGCUGUUAAUCAGCACCAUGCUCUAACCACCUGGAGAGGUGUUCUUGUUGAAUGCUGAGUAAGUGUCACUUCCUUGAGUGGAGGCUACUUUGAGUGACAUCUCCAACAUGGAUACCAUGUACUUAAGACGCUGCUGCUAUACGGAAGAGUUAGGCCUUGACAGUCUAAAUGAAAUGUUAGCUUUGAAUGCUAAAAUUAAACAUGUGUAAUAUUAAUAACCAGUCAGAAAGAACCACAGUAAAUGUUUAAACACACACAACAGUCUGUAAAAUAAACACCACGUAUCAUUUACUCUUUCUGCAGCUCUAUACAGUUGGCAGGAGAGGCUUAUGUGGUAGCACAAACCAGGUGGGAAUUUUCUAAACUAGUGUUUAAAUAUUCGUAAGUCCAAAUAGGUGUGUGGGAAUUUUCUAAACUAGUGAUUAAAUAUUCAUAAGUCCAAAUAGGUGUUAAGGCACCAAAAGUAACAUGGCACCAAACAGCCAAAAAUAAAAAUAUGAAAAACAAAUGUGAACUCUGAACCAGGUAUGAAGUCCCAGGAGGAAAGGUCAGAAGUAGCUUUGGAGUGGCUCUCCCAGUAUCACUUCCAGCUGCUGAACUGUCUUCUGGCACUGACGCUCUACUUCUUCACAUUCAUCUAAAAAUAAAAGGGAAAUCUUAGUCUUGCUGCCUCAGUCAUCUUUACCCAAUUCCUGAUGUCUGCGUCCUGGCAGCCACCGGGCUGAGAGAGAGGCAGCGUGAGCGGGGCAGGAGGCAUUGUCACCGCCGCCUCUGCUUCCUUCAGGCUCAGACUUAGAAACCGAGGGAGAGAACCCCAGCAACAGUGGGAGACAAAUCACAACUCAGAAGUCCCACCAGGGCCGCUCCCCGAGUAGCUCACACAGCCCCUCCAGGAGGUAAGAAGCACAGAAUGCAGUUUGUUUUAGAAAAGCCGUCACUGUGAAAGUCAGUCCCUGCUUCGUGACGAGACCCCGUUACUUCUUAGGCAGCAAUGGUAGCACAGUGCUUAAGAGCCUGUAUUCCAGAACUGGGAGGCUAACACGUCUGGGGAAUGAGACAGUCAAUCAUAAAUGUACGGGGUUAAUUAAGAACAAUAUUUUAGUCUGUACGAUCACAGAAAAACAGGAAGGACAGAGAAGAUUACCCUGUAGACAGCCUUGCGUGGUCACGAGCUGACUGCUUCCCAACUCGCUCCCUCCACCCCACUCGGCACAGGAACUUGAGCCUGCCCGUCUUUGAGACCGGAAGCAGGGCAGGGGACUGCUAAUCACAGUACAUCCAGGUCUGUAAUACCAUGGGGGCACAUUUUCACAAAAUUUUAUUGUGACUAUUUCUUAAUGGUUUGGUAAUUACCUUCCAUCAAUUCUGCUAAGAAAGGAAUGGAUUCUGGUAGCAAGACAAUAUAAUUCUCCUUUAGUUUUUCAGCCAGUGCUAACACGGUAAUCAAAGCAGCAAAUCGAACCUAAAGGAGAUAGAGUAAAGAAUAAACAAGUAGUGUGUAUUUAUUAAGACCUGUACUGACUUGAGACAUGCUCUGACGACUUAAACUAAAUGGCUUUUCACUUUAUGAUGUCCAUUCAACUUUCAUCUUAGGUUAUCAGUUUACUUAAACCAUCUGGGGUCUGUUUGUAAUAUAGGCAACCUUAUAAAUCAGUGUUUCUCAAA